AUGAUUACAGUAACAUGUGGCUGUGGACGUUUGCGUCAGCAGAGACGCUGUGGUGCGUCCAAGGCUGUCACAUCCAAGGGCCAGGUUCAACAACCGGAACGGUUGCCUUCACUAACUCCGUUGAAUUGCGAUGACGAGUGCACCCGUUUGGAGCGUAACCGAUCUUUGGCCUCUGCUCUUGGGAUUGAUAUCAACCCGAGUACGACAGUGCAGGCUUUUACCUCCAGCAAUCUCCCGUAUUCCACUGAAACCCUCGAUCAGUACGUUAAACUCGCAUCUUCAGUCCCUCUGUCGACACUGCAAACAUACGAGGCAACCUUGCACUCCCUAGCCACCGAUCCCACGAAUCGGUCCGUCCGCUUCCAGCCCGCCAAAUCGACACUCCGGUCAUAUAGCCAUUCUCUUGCGACUGACUGGGGCUUCAACACUGAAAGUCACGAUCCUGAGCCCCAUCGCCAUGUCUUCGUGCUCAAGCCUCUUGCCUGGACGCCACCAGUUUUCGGCAUGGGCACUGGUUCGUCCAUUGGCAUUGGCGGCAUGAGUGUCCGCGAAUGUGUCAAACUCCGCGAGCGAGAGUUGACUAAAGAGCGCGAUGCUCAACGUGCAGCCGCUCUCGAGGCCAAGGCUGCGCGUGAUGCGGCAAAAACGCAAGCAGGAUCCGACGGUUGGGCUCAGAGCUCGUUCACGGGUCGAACUAUGUUCUCUGCUCUUGAUCAGAAUAGAAACAUGCCGUCUGACUCCAAGAAGGAGCGUUUGGUCCUUCGCUCGGGCGUUGGAACCAGCAAGACUUUGCGCUCGCAGCCUCCUGCUGAAAUUUUUGACAGCUGGGAGGACGCAGAGGAGAAGGAAGAAGAGGAAGAAAGACAGGAUGAGAAAAUGAAUGCUGAGAGGAAGGAGGCUGUGCCUCAAGAGACGCAAGAGAGUUCACCUGAGGUCCUUGAAGUUUCCGAAACUCCUGUUCCCGAAGCUUCUGCUCCUUCCGCUCCGGCGGAGCAGGAUAAGCCAGUCGAGGCCAGUGAAGUGCCAACACCUGAUUUGAUGCCCGUGGCUGAUGUGGCAUACUCAGAUGCUUGA